AUGCGUGUGAAUUUUCCUUUGGUGGAAAUUUUGCAGGAAGUUCCUAAGUAUGUAAGGUAUCUUAGAGAUAUUGUGGCAAACAAGUGCAGACAUAAAGAGUUUGAAACAGUUGCACUUAAUGAAGAGUGCAAUGCUAGAGUUCAGAGUAAACUUCCUCCUAAGUUGAAGGAUCCCGGGAGUUUCACAAUUCCUCUAUCUCUUGGAAAACAAGAAGUUGGUAAAGCCAUAUGUGAUUUAGGGGCUAGUAUAUAUUUGAUGUCAUCCUCUUUGUUCAAGCAACUCGGAUUGGGGGUGCUUAGGCCUAGUACAAUCAUUUUACAGUUAGCAGAUAGGUCACUAGUUAUGCCAGAAGGAAUUACUGAGGAUGUGUUAGUUCAAGUUGGAAAGUUUAUUCUUCAUGCUGAUUUUAUUGUUCUUGAUUACGAGGCGGAUGAGGAAGUACUCAUUAUUUUGGGGCGACCAUUGGAGCGAUUAUUGAUGUGA